UACUUUCCUCUGUCCACCAGACCCCCUCGCUUUUGUAACACAAGAGUACGUGCCUUUGUGCACCGCCGGCGAAGGGGACCUCCACCCUCUAAUGGCCUCUUAACAGGCCGGGCCCAACUCCGGGAGCAGGACCGCCCGGGACUCGCCGCGGAGAUGCUGAGCGGUGCCGCCAGGCCGAGGCUGGGCAGCCUCUUCCGAGCGCCCGCGACCACAAUGGCACCACCACUUCCAGCACCACAAGCGCCGCCGUUGGCGUCAAAGGCGGGUGGAUGCCGACUGAGGUCCACGUCCUCCCUCCAGGGCGUCUCCGAACUGGCCCGAGAGCGCUCCAAGACGGUGACAUCGUUUUACAACCAGUCGGCCAUUGACGUCUCGGCGGAGAAGGCCUCGGUGCGACUCACCUUAGCCACCUUGCUGUACGCCGGCAAGUCUCCGGACGGACACCACAUCCUGAGCAGCGCCAAGUACCUGCACAAGGAGCUGCCGGUGCGAAUCGCCCACCGCAUCAAGGGCUUCCGGAGCCUGCCCUUCAUCAUCGGAUGCAACCCCACCAUCCUGCAAGUGCAUGAACUCUAUAUCAGAGCGUACCACAUGCUCAGCGACUUUCCCCCUAUCAAGGAUCAGGACGUGGAAGCUGGCUUCUGCAAGCUGGUGCAGCAGCUGCUGGACGACCACAAGGACGUGGUCACCAUGUUGGCUCAGGGAUUCAGGGAGUGUCGCAAGCAUAUCCAAGACGAGACUAUACUCCGCAACUUCCUGGACACCACACUGUGCUCCCGUCUGGGAAUACGAAUGUUGGCCACGCACCACCUCGCCCUGCACGAAGACAACGCCGACUUUGUGGGCAUCAUCUGCAGACGUUUGUCCCCCAAGAAGAUCAUUGAGAAGUGGGUGGACUUUGCCAGGCGUUUGUGCGAGCAUCAGUACGGCAACUCUCCCAGAGUUCGCAUCAACGGCCACGUGGCGGCGCGCUUGCCUUUCAUCCCGCUGCCGCUCGACUACAUCCUGCCCGAGCUGCUCAAGAACGCCAUGAGGGCCACCAUGGAGAGCCACUUGGACACGCCCUACAACGUUCCCGACGUGGUGGUCACCAUCGCCAACAACGACAUGGACUUCGUCAUCAGGAUUUCGGACCGCGGGGGCGGCAUCCCGCACAGGAUCAUCGACAAGGUGAUGGACUACCACUUCAGCACGGCCGAGGAGAGCGCGCAGGACCCUCGCAUGAACAACUUGUUCAACAACAUCACCAACAGCGGCAACCAGUCUGGACCAAUGCACGGGUUCGGUUUUGGGCUGCCGACGUCGCGGGCGUACGCCGAGUACCUCGGGGGCUCGCUGUCCAUCCAGUCCAUGCAGGGCAUCGGCACCGACGUCUACCUGCGCCUGCGCCACAUAGACGGCAAGGGGGAAAGCUUCCGAGUGUGAUUCCGCCGCGCCUUCACGAUUCCCACAACACUUUCCAUCUUUUAUUUUUAUCCUCUUUUCUUUUUGCCUUAGACAGAUUAUAAGCUAUGUUAGCUCCCAAAUUCAAGACUUGUUUUUUGGAUUAAUUAUCGGGACAACACUGUGCAUGAUGGCAUUAAAAAAAAAAAAAAAAAUUACUGCUUAUGAUGACACUACAGCAAGGAAGAAAGACGAAGGAUCAAGUCACCUGCCAAAAAGAAGCUCAUGUUUUAAUUUUUUUGACUGGUAGAUUUUUUUUUUUUUUUUUUGAGGUAUUGAAAAUUUUUGCCUUUUUCUCCGCGACGCUCCUCACUGGUUCUCGUUGCCUUCGUGACUUCCUGCACGGACUUUGACUUUUGCUGCAUUAGCGUAGCACACCUCAGAAGUAUUGCUGUCUUGUGGAGUUUUUGGUUGUUUUAAACAACUGUUUUUCGUUCAAGAUUGUUUGUUUUGCAUUUUGAAAUAAUUUUUCCCCAAAACCCAUUUUUGUUUGUUCAUGUAUCUGCAAUUUUCAUGCAUGCAUUUCCACAUUUGUGAAAUACAAAAAUCUAAAUUUUUUUUACAUGCAUGCAUCCCCAAAUAUGUAUUUCAGAAUUUUUGUGUUUGCGUCUCAAUUUUUCCCCCUAAAAACAACCAGAAUUCAAAUUACAUUUUUCCAAAAUCGCCCCCAAACCAAUCCCAUUUUUUAUGUGCAUACCUCGCCACAUAUUGUUUGCAUUUUCCCCAAAAAUGACCAAACAUUUUUUAUGCAUGCAUUUUUUUUUAAUUAAAUCUUUUUCUUAGUUCUCCAAAUCUUGUUUUUGUUAACGACCCUCUGACGUCUUUGAAAGAAAAAUGUGGCCUCAAACUCUGCCAAUGAAAGUGAAGGAUGGACUUUUUGUCUUGUUCUCUCAAAACAAAUUUUGAUGAUUUCUGGUGCCAGUGGACAAUCUUUUUGAUGUUUAGCUCAUUUAAGCAUUUGGUUGUUUUCAAACUGUUUGAUUUUGCAGAUUAAUGGAUGUCCGAUUUGUCAUUUUUCAUAACACGUUACAUUGUCCUGUUAAGGUUUUUUUUUUUUUUUUAACCACUUUUAAGUGACUGAGCUGAUGGCUAACAAUUUGUAUGGUUUCAAUAGAUCUUGUGUGUAAAUAUGUAGUUAGUGCAUGUGGGAAGUGAAUACCACACAAAAUGGAAAUGUUGAAAGCGAGGGCCCCAUCUGCUGCUUAAUAGAAGAAACACCAGCUGACUGAAAAAAAACAAAAACAUUUUCGUUUAGUUUUUGUCUUCGGGUCGUUCAAGUUUUUGUACAUUUUCUCUCCACAGAGAAUUAAGCAUACAUAAUGACAACAAAAUCAUUUCCAGCAGAAAGAUGAAUCAUGACUAUUUACUGUUUUGGUGACUUAUGUUCUCGUGGUGUUCUCUGCAUUAAAACGUUGCAUUGUUUGGA